AUGGCUAAUAAACCCAUCUCAGCACGUUUCACGCUGGAGCUCGAAUUCGUUUUGUGCUUGGCAAAUCCAGACUACCUCGGACACCUAGCACACGCCUUUCCACACCUCCUCGUUUCGCCUGAGGGGACGGCAGCGUCGACAGAGACAGAUGCUACAAAGUUCGUCCGUUAUCUUGAAUACCUGUACGACUACUGGCGGAAACCCGAGUACUCACAGUACCUCACUCACCCGGGAACCACCUUGCGGAAUCUAGAGUUGUUGCAACAAGAACAGUUUCGGAAAGAUCUCAUCAAUAUCCACUUUCGACAAGCGCUCAUCGAUCGACUGGCUGUCUUCGACCCACCUCCUGGGCUUCCGGCGAACGAUGCUGCUGUUGAGGGCGAGGCAGUACAACCUCAGGCGGUGAAUCAAGACGUGGUCGCGGCUGACACUGUUGCUGUCCAAGCCUGA